GGAUGUUUGUGGAAUGCAGUUAGUGUCUGCAGGCGUGUGGAUAGGCUGUUGGCAUUAGCGAAUGAUCUGCUCUCUCUCUCUCUCUCACCCACACACCACAAGCCGAGCGGCUAGCCUUUUUAUUUUUCGGAAGGGCUGAUGCGGUAGGGAGAAAGGGACUUAUCGUCGUCGCGACAAUAGGGAUCUGGCUUAAUUGCUCGUCAGGAAAACUUCCACCAUCUCAGUGGCUGUUCCCGCGAGCCCGCUCUGACAACCAGCAAUGAAGACGGCGGGAAAAGGCUAAUUAGCAGCUGUGCCGUGUCAAUCGGUUCUUGCUGGGUUUUUACACUGCUCCGGAUGCAGCUGUCUACGGAGGAAAGUUUUGUAGCACCGCUUAUGAUGUCAAACUAUAAGCGUGCAACUUUUGAAGAUGAUGAUCCUGCAGAAUCAGCAACAGAUGGCAAUGCCUCACCAGAAAGUGUGGAGGUUGGUUUCAGAAAAGGUAAAUCAUUUUCUUUGGGAUCCAUUGGAACGAUAACACAGCUGGAACUGACCCUGUUAGCAGUCCUCUUGGUUGUAGUCAUGGCCCUGAUUGGUUGUAUUGUUACUCUGGUAAUAAAUAAUACCCAAGAUCCUUCACAUAAAAUUUGUCUGACAGAAACUUGUAUUAUGGUGGCUGCCAAAAUAACAGAAUCCCUAGACCGUUCAGUGGACCCCUGCAAUGACUUUUAUCAAUAUGCCUGCGGUGGAUGGAUAAAGAAAAAUCCAUUGCCUGAUGGAAGGUCACGUUGGAAUACCUUUAAUAGUUUAUGGGACCAGAACCAGGCAGUUAUGAAACAUCUUUUGGAAAACUCCACCUUUAAUUCGAGCAGUGAGGCAGAGCGGAAAGCUCAACAUUAUUAUCUUUCCUGUUUGAAUGAGCAAAAAAUUGAAGAACUUGGUGCACAACCUUUGAUUGAUCUCAUUAAUAGGACAGGAGGCUGGAAUAUUACAGGUCCCUGGGAUAAAGACAACUUCAUGGAAGUGCUAAAAGCAGUUUCUGGGACUUACAGAGCAGUUCCUUUUUUCACCGUCUAUGUGAGCGCAGAUUCCAAAAGUUCCAACAGCAAUGUCAUUCAGGUUGAUCAGUCAGGCUUAUUUCUUCCAUCUCGUGAUUACUACCUAAACAAAACAGCCAAUGAAAAGGUACUGAAUGCAUAUCUGGACUAUAUGGUUGAACUGGGUGUACUUCUGGGAGGAGACCGUAAUUCAACAUACACUCAAAUGCAGGAAAUUUUGGAGUUUGAAACUAUCCUUGCAAAUAUCACGGUUCCCCAGGAUGAGCGUAGAGAUGAAGAGAAAAUAUACCAUAAAAUGACUGUUGCAGAUUUACAGAAUUUAGCACCUGCCAUUGAUUGGUUGGAUUAUUUAUCAUUUGGACUGGCACCAGUGGACCUGAAUGAAACAGAAUCAGUAGUUGUCUAUGCCAAGGAAUAUCUGGAGAUGGUGUCUGAUCUUAUUAAUAAUACUGACAAGAGCAUUUUGAACAAUUACAUGAUAUGGAAUUUAGUACAGAAGACAGCAUCCAACUUGGAUCAGCGGUUUGAAAAUGCACAGGAAAAGCUUUUGGAAACUCUCUAUGGUACAAAGAAGUCCUGUACUCCUCGAUGGCAGACUUGCAUUGGAAAUACAGAUGACACUCUCGGAUUUGCCUUGGGAGCAUUAUUUGUGAAAGUUACAUUUGAUAAAGAUAGCAAAAUAAUAGCAGAAGAAAUGAUUAACGAAAUUCGAACAGCAUUUAAGGAUGGUUUGGACAAGCUUACGUGGAUGGAUGAUAAAACCCGACAAGCAGCUAAGGAAAAGGCUGAUGCCAUUUAUGACAUGAUUGGUUUUCCAGAUUUCAUUUUAGAUACAAAGGAGCUAGAUGAAGUUUACGAUGGGUAUGAAGUAUCAGAAGAUUCAUUCUUUCAAAAUAUGUUAAAUUUCUACAACUUUUCAGCCAAGGUAAUGGCAGACCAGCUUCGGAAAGCACCCAACCGUGACCAGUGGAGCAUGACACCUCCCACAGUAAAUGCCUAUUACCUGCCAACAAAAAAUGAGAUAGUCUUUCCUGCUGGUAUUUUGCAAGCACCAUUCUAUGCUAGAAGCAGUCCAAAAUCUCUGAACUUUGGAGGCAUUGGAGUAGUGAUGGGUCAUGAAUUAACACAUGCCUUUGAUGACCAAGGCAGAGAAUAUGAUAAAGAUGGUAAUUUACAACCAUGGUGGCAAAAUUCUUCAGUUGAAACUUUUAAAAACAAAACUGAGUGUAUGGUUAAUCAAUACAACCAGUAUUCAGUAAAUGGAGAACAUAUCAAUGGAAAACAAACAUUGGGUGAAAACAUUGCAGAUAAUGGUGGCCUCAAAGCUGCAUAUCAUGCCUACAAAACAUGGGUGAAACAGAAUGGAGAAGAAAAACUAUUGCCUGCGGUUGACUUGACCAAUCAUCAGCUCUUCUUUGUAGGAUUUGCACAAGUGUGGUGUUCUGUGCGCACACCAGAGAGUGCCCAUGAAGGCCUUAUUACAGAUCCACACAGCCCAGCCAAAUAUCGAGUUAUUGGAACGUUAUCAAAUUCCAAAGACUUUGCUGAACGUUUCAAUUGUGCAACAGGGACCCCAAUGAAUCCUGGAAAACAAUGUGAAGUGUGGUAGCUAUGGAUGUCCUACCAAUGGACCUUUACACUGGAUAGUUUUCACAGGAAGUCAAAAAGCUUUGAAACGCUGACCUAAGAGGAAUAAAAAAUAAAAGAAAAUGUACAUUAUAUCACGCACUUUUUGUACCACAAAUGUUAAAAGAUUAUUAAAUGUUAAAAAUGCAUAGUCAAUGUCUGUGUGUUUCACUAGCCUGUUACACACUUCCUUAACAUGAUAGAGCAAUCUAUAGCUUUGUUCUAAGGAUGAGAUAAGAGUGAAAUAGUUUGUGUGCUAGAAAAUCAAUAUGAUCUAGUGUAAAGAUGAUACAUUCAUGCUGUAUGCCUGUGUGCAUCAUGACCACACAGAGUAACAUCGUUCAUAUCAUUAGAAGACAGUCAGUCCCUUUACUUUGUGUACCGUCAACUAAAAAUUGCAGCCUGGCAAUUGGCAGGCUUCCAGGUAGAAUUUGAAAUAUCCUUUGGUUUAAACCUUAUACCAAUUUGAACACUGUCACACAACUGAAGAGCUGAGGUAUUGAAAUCCCUGUCUUUAAUAUAUUAUCCUUGCUACUAUGGUUACAGAGCAGACAGGAAGGCUAAGUUAUACUGUUAGUUUGCACCAAUGUGUUAAUGUUGUGGGUGGGAGGAUCACAGAUCUUUGUACAUGUGUUCAAGUUCUGACUGAUUAAAAUCACUGAAAAUGAGAAUUCUGAAGGCUAAGGCACACUUUGUAUCUAAGCUGAAGAAAUGUAAUUUAAAUUACAAAGUUUAAAUUAGUUCACUUUUAAAAAUCAUAUAAAAUACCUAAAACUAACCUUUGCAAACUAAUAAUCUCAUUUUAAAAUUAAAUGCUGUAUGAAGACAUCUAAAAGGUAUUCAAUCUUUGAGGAAUUCUAUAAGUUGUAAAAGAAGAGUGGAAGAAAGAAAGAUAUGAAAGUACAAGGCAGUGGUAAUGGUAUUAUGAUAACAAUAAGCAAGGAGACUAAAGCAAGUUGAAAACUUCUAAAGUUUUAGAAAAUAUGAAUAUCAUUUUGCCCUUCAAUCUAUAGCUACCCUAUGAAUUUAAUGCCCACUGUGGCAGAUUUGGUGGUAGGGGGCACGUAAUUGGAUAGAAGGUGGGAAUGAUAACCUCCAUGCCUUCCCACUCUGUCGUGUGUAAGGUUCUAAAUGGCCUUUAUAUCCCAACACCAAUUGGUGCUUCUCAAUUGGCAAUUAAUGCCUUACUGCUCAACUGAUGGUAUUAACCAGGUUGGCAGCGGCUUGUCAUGUGGAGAGCACAACAAAAAUCCACCUUGUGCAGGGUUGUUCACAGAUCCAUGGAGUGUCUUGUGUUUAAGGUCUCUCAAAGUUUCAUGAAGGAUCCAACAUUUGCGCUUGCAGGCAAACCUCAUCACUGCCCCACAAUCACUCAUGUAUCCAGGGAUCCAAUGAGAAUACUGGACCAUGGGUUAAUAUCAUCCUGGCAACAGCACCACUUACCCAAUGGCAUUGCCAUUCAAUAGAACUGCCAGCCUCUGGCUACCAGCUCUCGCCUUUAAUAUUUAAUGCUUAUUAUUUAUUAAAUCAUAGCUAAUUGUACUGCUGCUGAGAGUUUAAUUUGAAGAAAAAAAACUGUUUCAGUGGUAUUUAGUUUGAUCUUGUGAGUAAGAUCACUGUCACUUCCAUUAAAUACUGCCAAUAUGACUGGCUAUCAACACCUAUCCCCUUCUGUAUGGGGACUUGUCGGCUAUAUUCGCAUCCCACUAAAGAAAGUUAUGCUGUGGAUACCAUUUAUCCUGUAAGAAGGCUACUUUUUGAUUAAUCCAACAUUUUUUAAUAUACUUCUUAAAUCCAGCUUUUAAGGUUUGUAAAUAUUAGAACUGUCUUCAUCUCUACAACAGCUUUUUUUCUCCCCACUGAUGUGGUAAUGUUGUAUGACUUACCAUAAAAUAUGGAAAUCACAAGUAGAGAUUAUUAGUUUUCCUAUUUCCUUUGGGCAGAUCUAACUUCCAGUUGUAUUAUCCUUCACGUGAAAAUUUUCCUUUUUAUUUCUCUUUUGGCCAAGUCUGUAGAGAUUUGUUAGAUAUUACUUGUGCAUUGGCUUGAUCAUCAUGUCUAUAAUGUUAAUUAUAUAAUAAAAUCAUGGCUCAUUAUAUGGUUGCCUUUUCUGUAAAAAGUUUACUUCAAAAGAAACCAAAGACAUACUGCAUCAUAUUGAUUGGCUGCUUUGUCAGAACUGGUAAGGGACUAAGAAUGUGCUUCAGUACAGGACAUCAAGCUCAUUAUAGUGAUAUGCUCUGCAAUUUCCUGUUUCUAUUAACUACCAAGACCAUUAUAUCUGAGGAUAGUUUUAUUUGAAGACCUAUUUAUUUAGUGGUGGUAGGAAUUUAUAGCCCCAUACAACCGAAGAGUUAACUGUGAUACUGACUGUCUAUUUUUGCACAUCCAGUGCUUUCUUUAUUCAUAAACUAUUCACCAACACCAGGGACUCUUCAUGAACAAGGGAGGUAUUGAAAAUACAUUUAUUGUGCAAAAUAAUAAAUGUUUAAAGAGACAUUUCCAUAUAACAAGUUUUCUCAAAGCCAGAAAAUCACAUGAUGGUCAAUGAAAAUAAUGCAAGGUACAACAAAUGCCGACCUUACAUUAACCCAAGCCUACCUAUAAAUGUAUAAAUUACUCAGCCAUUUGUGGUAGGAUAAAAAGGUAGAAACUGUUCCAACCCUUUGAGAACAACUGUGGUAGAGGUCAGUGUGGCAUCUGCUGGUUCAGAAAUAGGGUGCCAAAGUAAAAAGAAGAGGUGUCUUCUUCUAUUAAAACUUUAUUUUCCCUCUCAGGUUUUCAAUUAGUCCACAAUAAAAUGUUUCCCUUUUCUUGAUGAGGUUCCCCCCCCGCCAACCCACCAAGAUCCAGCAGCAUCAUCUUAAUAUUUGGGACAACAACCUGGUGGAUCUAGGAUCCCCUUCAACUGUGACCAUCUCCUUUAGAAUUGUUCUCCAGUAACUGAUAUUUUCACAGUAAGCUGUAUUCAGAUUUAGGAGUUCCUGUUUCUGCAAGUACAGUAUUCAAUAGUGAUGAAAUCAGAGCAAAUAACUCAAGGCAUAACCCAUUGAAAAAUCUCCUCUUGCAACAAAUGAACACUUCUAUUUGUCAAUAUUUUAUGCAAUAAACAGAUGAAAUGUAAAACAGAUUGAUUUAUUGGUUGUAUUUAUAGAGCUUUAAUAUUUUCAUACAAAAUCUACUGACCUUUUGCUGCUUAACAUGUACUGGUUGUUAUUUAUGUCUAUAACAGCCCGACUUUUCAAAGGUAAUUUAUUAGUGCGCACAAUUGUAUGUGCAAUUGUUUUAUUUAGCAUUUGAACAUUUAGCAUUUUGAAAAACGGCUAAAAAAAAUCAAUUUAAAGUUGAGAGAUUGACUAGAUAAAAAUGGCUUAUCCUUCUAUCACAUUAAACAGCUUUAAGUCAGUUACUAUUUUUAUUCUAUAGUUGUUUACUAUUGAGAUUUUUUAAUUUACUCGAGAUUAAAAUUAUGUCAUGCGAGUGUUUUUGGUGCUCAAACAAGAAACACUAAUUGCCCGAACUGGCCAGGUUUCCAUUGUACCAAAAGUCAUAGAAUUACCACUAAAUUUCACAGCACCAUUUUGAAACUCAUUUAUUGUUAUGAUAUACCUGAUUUUAAUUAUGUGUGUUAUUUACAUUCAACUUUGGAAGCUAGAACAUGCCGUCAGUUUAGAUUAUCUCACAAUAGUGUAAAUCACUGUCACUCUAAUAGUUGAGAUAUUAAGUUUUGUGUUACAAAUCUUAAUACUAACACAAUCCUUUGGGCAACUAAUCCUUGAAAUCGACCAGUUUCUUUUUUAAUAUGUCAAAUAAUCAGAAAAGCAUUAUUAUGUUGAAAAUAAUUGUUAUUUGCUUUGGUUUCUGUGGAAAAAUUGAUGUAGAGUGGUAUUAAAGCAGCAUUUAUAUACACACUAA